AUGGCCUCAGAAAAGCCCCUCCCCAAGGUCGCCAUCCUCUCCAUCGGCGACAUGGGCGCCGGCAUCGCCCGCCUGCUCCUGGCGCACUCCUUCCCGGUGGCCACAAACGUGUCCAACCGGAGCAAGGACACGCAGCAGCGCGCCGCCGACGCAGGCAUCACGACGCUGUUCAAGGACGACCUUGGGCUCGUGGACUGGGCCGACGUGGUGCUGUCCGUGGUUCCGCCCGCCGACGCCGCCGCCACGGCGCAGCGCGUCGUCGACGCCCUGGCCUUCUCCAAGACGCAUCAAGACGGCCAAGACGGCAGCACGCUGUACUACGCCGACAUGAACGCCAUCUCGCCCGCGACCUGCCGCGACGUGGCCGCCAUGUUCGCCCGCGCCCGCGCCCCCGUCGUCUUCAUCGACGGCUGCAUCCUCGGCGGACCGCCCAAAGCGGCGGCGGCGGCGGCGGCAGCAACUACAGCCGCCGCUUCUGAGGAUGACGACGCAUCCAAAACAUGGAAGGUGCCGCUCUGCCCGACGUCCGGCCCCAGCAGCCUGGCUGACAUCCACCCGCUGCUGCAAUCCACGCUCAACGCGCGGCCCAUCUCGGCGGACGUGGGGGCGGCGUCGGGGCUCAAGAUGUGCUUCGCGUCGCUGUCCAAGGGCUUCUCGGCCAUCGCCGUGCAGGCAUUCACGACGGCGCACCGCCUGGGCGUGCUGGAAGACCUCAAGUCCGUGCUGGGGGAGCGGAACCCGGCCAAGCUCAAGCAGGCCGAGGGCGCCAUCACCGCCAUGCCGCCCAAGGCCUACCGCUGGGUCAGGGAGAUGGAGGAGAUCAGCAACACCCACAGCGUCGACGGCGGCUUCGGGCCUGAGCUGUUCGCCGGCGCCGCCGAUGUUUUCAGGGCCGUGGCCCAGGAUACCGUACUGGGGCAGGAGAAGAUUGGGAGCAGAAAGAGAGGGUUGACGGUGGAGGAUGUGGCUGAGGCCAUGAGUGAGGGCAUGGACAAGAAGAGAAAGAAGACGGAAUGA